AUGGAAUUUUAAUAAGGUGGACAUUUUUCUCAUGGAUAUUAGAUAGGAGAGAAGAAGUUAUCAGCUAUUAGUAAAAUAUUUGAAGUCCUAUUUUACUAACUUAAUGAAGUAAGAUGCAUAAUAUCAUUUUUAUAGAAAACUUAAGAAAUUGAUUAUGAUAAAGUUGAAUUAUUAGCUAAGGCAUACAAGCCAAAGUUAAUUGUUGCUGGUUGUUCAGCUUAUAGUAAAUUAAUCGACUUUGGAAGAUUCAGAACUAUUUGUGAUUAAGUUGGAGCCAUUCUAUUGGCUGAUAUUGCUCAUACAAGUGGUUUAAUGUCAGCCGGAGUUAUUCCCUCUCCAUUUCCUUAUGCAGAUAUUGUUAUGACAACUACACAUAAAUCGUAAUAUACUUUUUUAAGUUAGCUUACGAGGACCAAGAGGCAGUUUAAUUUAUUAUAAAUUAUAAUACAAAAAUAGAAUAGAUGAAUCGGUUGCCCCAGGAUUAGUAGCUGGAGCACAUUUCCAUACAAUUACUGGCAUUGCUGUAGCAUUGAAAGAGACUCAAUCUCCAGCAUAUCUCCAACUCUAGAAAGAUAUUGUGGAUAACAAUAAACAUUUUGCAGCUGAAUUUUAAAGAUUAGGAUUUGAUUUGAUUGCAGGGGGAACUGAAAAUCACUUAAUAUUGGUAGACUUAAGAAAGUUUAAUGUUGAUGCUGUUAAAAUGGAAUAUAUCCUCAGUUAAAUCAAUAUCUAAUGCAACAAACAGCUAGUUCCUUUUGAUACAGUUCCUCAACCAAGAGCCUUAAGAGUUGGGUAAUUAUCUUGAUUAAACAUAGAUCAAUUCCAUUAUCAGUUAGGUAGGCAUCUAAAGAACAUUUCACAAGAGUUGCUUAAAUAAUAAAAGAAUCCGUUGAAUUGGUUUAAACUGUUACUGUUGACAUUAAGAUAUGGGCAGCUGAAAAUUAGGAUAAACUAAUACCCCUAAAGUAAAAGGUUGUCGAAUUGGCAAAUGAAUUACCAAUUCCUUGGAUGUGAAUUUUUAAAUUAG